UUUAUUUUGGUGACAUAACCGGAAGUUUCACAGCACUUGUCCUUGUUUUGACUGUCGCGUAACAUUUAGGAAAGUUCUUCCCAUGUUUUAAAGGUAAUGCUUUCACUUUAAAGCAUUUUUAUCAAUUAAAAAACAUGAAGAGGUUUCACAUCGAUCUUGACGAUUCGGCAUUCACUAAAGAAAGAACACCGCCAAAGCCACAGUUUCAACCUAAAGGUCAACAAAGCACAACAACUUCGAGCGCGUCAGCCACAAAACCUGCUACUGACACAGUGGCACAGCCUCUGUCUUAUGCAGAAUUCAUCGUCCAAAGUAAAAGCAACUCGGCUGCUGUUCCACAGAGAGACGCUUCUUCCAAACUAAUCAGGACAGAAGCUGCUGGAGUUUCCACUUUGACGCAAGGAGAACCAGAAGCUUUGUCAUUCAGCACAGGAGGAUGUGAAACGGGUCAGGACUGUGUUAAACCCAAAGAAGCGCAAAAGAGUGAGAGGACACAGGUGUUUGAGGGCAGUUGUCAAAAGUCUGAUCCAAUUCUCAACCAGGGUCCUAAACCAGUUGGAUCUGGUAGCAGCAUUAUUGUGAACCCUCGACAGAGAGGAAACCCCAUUCUUAAAUUUGUGAGGAGCGUGCCAUGGGAGUUUGGAGAUGUCGUGCCAGAUUAUGUUCUGGGACAAACAACCUGUGCACUCUUCUUGAGUCUGAGGUAUCACAACCUCAAUCCUAACUACGUCCAUGACCGUUUAAAGCAACUUGGGAACACAUUCACCCUACGUGUGCUGCUGGUUCAGGUAGAUGUGAAAGAUCCCCAUCACGCUUUAAAGGAGCUGGCACGCAUCUGUAUCAUGGCUGACUGCACUCUUAUCUUGGCUUGGAGCCCAGAGGAGGCAGGGCGUUACUUGGAAACAUAUAAGUCCUACGAAAAGAAACCAGCUGACCUCCUGAAGGAGCAAGUUGAAAAGGACUAUCUUUCAAAGGUUACAGAUUGCCUGACAACUGUGAAGUCUAUAAACAAAACUGACGCCAUCACCUUACUGUCCACUUUCUCAUCUGUCGAGAAGAUUAUCAAUGCAUCUAAGGAAGACUUGGUUCUCUGUCCGGGUCUUGGACCACAAAAGGCGAAGCGACUGUAUGAUGUUCUCCACAAACCUUUUCUCAAGUCGAAGACCAACAACAGCUAGAUGUUUGACCCAGAAAGUGUCAGGGAAGAGCUUCAUGUUGACAAACAAUGAAACACAACCAAUAAGCAUUUUAUUGUACUAUCAAAACUUACCGAUCUACCAAAAGCUGUAACAUGUUUAUCUCACUGAAAAUUACCCAGUGAUGUUUCUAUGUUUUGUUGGUUUUGUAAUUAAAUUUGUUAAUAUUAUAAUAAAUGUUAUUUUAUACUGUA